AUUUCGGCUUCCGUAGUAAGAAGAAGUCUGUCGCGCCUGCUCGGCUUCCGUAGUACAGAAGAAGACUGUAGCGUCUGCUCGGCUUCCGUAGCUGUCAAAGUGGACUUGGAGAUGUCACUUGUGCCGUUCCCCCGCCUCUUCCUGUGCAUGUUAACUUGUUAAACAGCGGACUUACAACUCUUGCCUGAGACUUCAAAUGAAAUCAGACUUUCUCUUGUGACAGAGAGCGACGGCUCCGUGUGAAGUGAUGGCUGCUUCUAUGGGGAGCGUCUACUCGAAGGAGUUCAGGAGCAAGAAGAGAGAAGUGUUUGAAGAUAUACUUGAGGAACGUCGGCAGUCAAGUGACCUCAGAUAUGCUAUGAAAUGCUACACACCGGUGAUUUACAGGAACUUGACUCCCUGUACCCCAAGUGGCCUAAAGACUAGUGUUUUACAAUCCUUGGAGCUGCAAUAUGUCAUCAGACAGAUAUCAUCAGAGUCUGGGGAGUCAUGUGAAAGCAUUCAGGAACAGGCAGCUGAGAUUCUGGAUGAAAUGGGUCACAAUUUAAGGAUGGGAGCCAUCCGAUUGUUUGCUAUGAGCUUAAGUAAAAUCUUCAAGCGGCUCUUCCAGAAAGUGUGUGUCAAUGAGGAAGGCAUACAGAGGCUGACUCAAGCCAUUCAAGAACAUCCAGUUGUGCUGCUUCCCAGUCACCGAAGCUACAUUGACUUUCUGAUGAUGUCUUAUGUUCUGUACUCGUAUGACCUAGCACUUCCUGUCAUCGCUGCAGGAAUGGACUUCAUGGGCAUGAAAAUUGUAGGUGAGUUGCUGCGCAUGUCUGGUGCCUUCUAUAUGAGAAGAUCGUUCCGGGGGAACCAGCUAUAUUGGGCAGUCUUUGCGGAAUAUGUGAAGACUUUAAUACGGAAUGGAUAUGCUCCAGUGGAAUUCUUUGUUGAAGGUCAGAGGAGCAGAACAUGCAAAACAUUAAGUCCAAAGUUUGGUCUGUUAAAUAUUGCCAUGGAGCCAUUUUUCAAAGGUGAAGUGUUUGACACAUACAUCGUUCCAAUCAGUAUUAAUUAUGAAAGAGUCCUAGAAGAAUCUCUCUAUGCAUAUGAACUGCUUGGCGUGCCAAAACCUAAAGAAUCUACAUCAGGUUUGAUAAAAGCAAGAAGAAUUCUUAAUGAAAACUUUGGAAGCAUCCACAUUUACUUUGGACAGCCUAUAUCAUUGCGAUCUCUAGCUUCUGGGAUAAUAAACCGCACCCAAUAUAAUUUAAAGCCCAGACACCUUCCCCAGCGACCACCUGAAGAUGUGCAAUCGUUUGUUCGUGAUGUGGCUUAUCAAGUAGAACUUAACCAAAUUGCAAAUAUGGUUCUUAGUCCUGGAGUCUUGGUAGCAACCAUUUUGCUACAGAAUUUACCAGGAAUGGAUUUUAAUGUCUUAGUGGAAAAGACCCUUUGGCUGAAAGAUUUAAUAGAGGCCUUUGGAGGGUUCCUGGAAUGGCCUGAUAAUUUGUCUGCCAGCAGAGUGGUUCGGUCCAGCAUUGAUCUUCAUUCAAACAUUUUCACUCUUGUUGAUGGGCAUGUGACUUUGCUUGAGCACAAGCACACAGGUUUACUGACAGAGGAAAUAGUCUUUGAACAAGCAGUGUCUCUACUCAUGUGUGCCUUCUAUAGGAACCAAAUGAUUAAUGUGUGUGUCCGCCCUGCACUGGUUGUUCUAGCUUGUGAAAUGGUUCAGAGUUCCAUAAAAGAAGAAAUUUUCAGAUCCUUUAGCUUCUUACGGAGUGUUUUUUCUAAGGAGUUCAUCUUCUUUCCUGGCUCUGAAGACAAGGAUUUUGAUGAAGGUUGCUUUAUGUUGACCAAAUGUGACAUAAUUCACACAACGCCAAGUGAAAUUAUGAUUACUGACAAAGGAACUAUUGCUGCUUUCUUUCUAUCAAAAAUGUUCCAGCCAUUUCUGGAAGGUUAUAAGUUAGCCUAUACAUAUCUUGUGGGAGAAGUUACUAAUGCUUUUACAGAAAAGCAAUACAUAUCUGGAGUGAGGAGUUUUAUUUCUCGUCUAAUUGUGUCUGGAACCAGCAAAUGCUAUGAAGCUUUAUCUUCUGAUAUGCAAAAAAAUAUACUGUCCUCUUUUGUACAGCUUGGGGUUCUAAAGAGAAUGAAAUCGGUCAGCGAGGCAACCUUCUGUUUAGAAAAGAAAAUGGUAAAGGAAACAGCAGAAAAGCUUGGACUGCAAAUGUUUACAGAGAAGCUUCCAUCAGCACGGCUUUGAGCAUUAUGAAAGGGUUAUGGCCAACAAUCUAUUCCCAGUUGUUGUUGUUGACUAAAAAUCUUAAAGGAAGAUGAACAAACCAAUGAAUUCAUUUACAAAAAUACUGUUUAUGGAACUCUAUGUAAAAUAACAGAAGAUCAAACUUUACUACAAGGUUUACUGGGGUUGUGCCAACUUACUGCCAAUAGAAAGCAGGGGACUGCUGAAGUGAAGAACAAAGAACUCUAAAACCUUCUAACAAAUACAUUAAUGCCAUGCAGUAACACUACAGUAAUGCAUACAAAUUUAUGAGCCACUAAUCCUCUUAGGUUAAGGAGAAGCUACAUUGUGGCAUUUUCAGUUCAGGUUUUAAUUAUAUACACAGGAAACACUGUCAGUUCUACCAGUGUGUGCACUGCUAAGUCCUCCCUACUGGGACUCGCUCCUUUCUAAAGCCAUCUUUGUAACCCUUAAAGAAUCCCAGUAUGUCGAUACAUACAUUUACUCUGCCUUAAAAAGCUACAAAUUGAGGGGAAAAGCUACAGAAGACAUAUUUGUAAGAGGGAACUUUGUUGAAAAGGCACUGGAAUUACUGCAAAAAAGGACAUUAUAAACCAAAGAUAAUUAAAUAUCAUAACAAAUUGUCUUGGUUGCCUUUGAUUGGAGGUGACAUAAUUCUGUUUUUUUUUUUUUGGUUUUUUUUGCAGCUAAAAAUGGCGUUAUUUUUAUUAACCCCUGUUGAAAACAAAGCAUUUAGAAGGCGCCUCGGCCUAUUCAGGUUGACCAGUGUCCAAUAUUGCCUCUUCCUCUGGUUUUUACAGAGAUCUGCCACUCUCUCAUUUCUGAGACGAUGCAGGCAACAGCUUAGCUAAACAGAGGCUCAGAGUGGCAGUAUUUACUGGUUACUCUACUGAAUUUUUUGGAAUAAGUUCAGACUGAUAGCAAAUCUCAGCUGCACUGAGCACUCACAUGGCACCUUGUACAGAAAUGGGCUGCAGGAGUCAGACUUACUAGCCAUUACUACUACUGCAUGUAAAGUGUCUGAGAACCAAUGUAAAGAUGAUAGACCUGUGUUUCUGUGCUUUACAGGGAUAGAGCAGCUCUGGGACUCCCAUUGGUUUCAGCAGGCUUUUCAAGGCCUGGAAUUGUUUAAUGUGUUCCCUGAUUAAGAAGAUGUAUGUUUUAUUUUUUUACUAACAAGGGCACUUUGAGGUUAAACAUGUGUGAAGUGCAUUACUUGCCACUCUCUGUAUUCUCAUUGCUUUACAUUAAAAGGUGCAAGCACAAGUUGAUGUUCAGUUACAUAAAAACAACAUGCAGAAGGGAAAAUAUUAAAUGUUACAAUUAUUAAUAGAAAUGUUACCAUUAACUGUUUUGCUGAGUGUUCACUAGAUUUUUAUGUGUUGAUAAAGUUCUUUGUGACCCUUUU